CUCUCUCUCUCUCUCUCUGCGCGGUUCUAUAACUUCAACGAAAGCAAAGAGAAGAAAAGGCACAGUCGCUCUCGCCACCAAGGAUAGAGAGAAGGAGAUAGAGAUGCAGCAGCACCUAAUGCAGAUGCAGCCCAUGAUGGGAGCAGCAACCUACCAUAACCCUAACACUGUUACUACUGAUAUCAUUCAACAGUAUUUGGAUGAGAACAAGUCGCUGAUUCUGCAGAUACUCGACAAUCAGAGCGCAGGGAAACUGAAUGAGUGUGCUGAGAAUCAAGCAAAGCUUCAGAAGAACCUCAUGUACCUGGCCGCCAUUGCAGAUUCUCAACCCCAACCACCCCCGAUGCAUGCUCAGUUUCCACCCAAUGCUGCCAUGCAGCAAGGUGCGCGUUACUUGCAACACCAGCAGGCACAGCAGAUGACUCAACAAUCACUCAUGGCCGCCCGUUCUUCGAUGCUGUAUGCUCAACAACCACUGUCUGCGUUACAGCAACAGCAAGCCUUGCAUAGCCAGUUGGGCAUGAGCUCUGGAGGGAACAACGGACUCCACAUGCUGCAUGGUGAGACUGGAGUGGGAGGGAAUGGAGGCCUUGCAGCUGGAGGUUUCCCCGACUUCCGACGCAAUGCUGGGGAAGGGAUGCAGGGUGCAAGCAGUGGAAUUACGGGUGCCGGUAAGCAAGAUCCCGCGAGUGCGGGAUCUGCUGAAGGGCGAGGUGGCGGUGCAGGAGGUCAGAAUGGAGACGGGACUGAGCCGUUGUAUCUGAAAGGCCCUGACGAUGAAGGUAACUAAUUGAUUAGGGGUGGUGGUGGGCUAUGUGAAAGAUAGUGUCAAGUCACAGGUAGGCUGCUGUUAACAUGUAGGGAGUUUGAGAUCUAAAGACGAAUCACUUGUUAGAGCUUUUGUGUUUGAUGGUGAUUGUGGGCCACUAAAACAUGUUUUUAGUUUUCUUGUAAAUUUGUAGCUUCUGUAGUGAUGGAUGGUGCUUUGAUCUUACUUCUUUCCAUAUUCCCUCCAA